AUGGGGGAAAACUUCGUUGUCGCUUCUUGUCUUCCAGAGCCAGAGUCUCCCUGGAUAUUGGCAUAUGUGCCUAUAAGAAGCUGCCAUAGAGUUCUGAAGGACAAGUAUGGGGAGUUUUUUCCUCCAGCAUACCGUGGUGAUUUCCCCGUAAGCUUUUGGUGCAACUGGACAAUCUGGGCAGGCUCCAGAAAGCAUAUAAUAAUUUAUAUUCAAGGCUUUAACGCUAAGGAGGAUUGCAACAAUAAUGAGGACAAAAUUCUAUUUGAAGGAGUUUCUUCACUGGUGGAAAACAGUGUUGUUUACUCUUGCUGGAAAAAGGAGAUGCAUGUUUUUGCCACCUUUGCUCAGGCUGUCCAUGUUGUGUUGCUGAAGAGGUACUUGCCAAACUGCAGAGAUGCACAGUUUAAAGGGAAAUACUACAUCUUCCAAGACCAGGAAGGUGAAUCUUCCUCCAAAGAUGAUGGGAUUUCUGAAACUCCUGCUCCAAAACCACCAAAGCAAGGCAGUAUUUUUCAGUCUGGCUGUGUUGAAAAUCUUAGAAAUGUGCUGGGCUUGGCAACCACAUGUAGCACCAUGAGCCCUGGCAAGACCACAGUGCUAAGUGGUGAGCUGAUGCAGGAAAGAGGGAUCACUCUGGAUACUAUGGCUUUGGAAAGUCCUGUUGAGCUUAUCCCACGUGAACGUGCAAAGACACCGCUUCUGGAAACAAAAGCUCCUGGUGAGCUGGGGUCUGAGCUGCUGGGGGUUCAGGAAGCUCAAGGCACAGGAACACCUGAGGGUAUAAUCCCCACUGCAGCACAGGAUAGCUGGGGGCAGAGUCUCUCUGUGAGUGGGGACAUCACUGUGGGUUUUGGUUAUAUGCACAGGCUUUCAAGUGUGCAUUUGGAAACUCCUUUGCUUGGUACCUUGCAUGCAGCAGAACCUCUUCUGCAGCCAGCAGGUGUGAGUCUGGAGGACAGCCAGUCUGCCCUGAGUGCUACUUUGAAGCCAAAAGGUCUGCGUGACCUACAAUUUACUAUUAAACCAACACGCACAAGUUGCCUGGACUCGGCUGCACACUCGCAGUCUGUGUCCCCUGGCAGAGGGGAAAGCCAAGAAAGCACAGGUACCACCAGGAACCAGCAGCUCAGCACAGGCCAUGUGAGCAGUGGCUCUGGGGUGACACCAGCUUCCCUGUCUGACAUCUGGGGGGUGAGGAGAGAGGAGCACAUGGUGCCUGUGCAGCAUCGGGACACAGCUGCUAGUGACAAACUGGCUUCUGCCUCCGUCCUUGGGGGAUGUAAAACGCAGAAAACCACAGAAGCUCUUCCAGUGGGUGCAGGACAGCAGAGAACUGCCUCCUUCAGCACCACUCCUGCACACCCUGAUCUUUCUGCAGCUGCAUGGGGAGGAACACUAUCAAGAGACCAAAAGCCUUGGGAUCCCUCUGAUGUAUCCAGAAACACCCAGGUGCCAGAAGGACAGCAAUGGAAAGACGCUGAGCUGGGACCUCCCUGGGCAAUGGAGUACUUUCCCCUCAGGAGCUGCCAUCUCAUCUUUCGGGAUGGGUCUGGGGUGUUUUACCUUCCGCUGCAUGCUGACAUUAAAACCAACAUCUGGUGCAACUGGACCAUCUGGGCAGGCCCCCAGAAGCACAUUGUCAUCUAUGUCCAGGGAUUUGAGGGGAGCGAGGGCUGUGGCAACAACCAGGACAAGAUCAUCUUCCAGGGGGUCUCAUCAAGUGUGGAAACCAAAGUGGUGUAUGCCUGCCACAACCGAGGCACUGUGGUCUUUGCUACGCAAGCUACUGAGGUCCAGGUGUUGUUUAUGUCAGGGAGUGGCUCCCAAAGCCAUGAAUACAAAUAUUUUAAGGGACAGUAUUACAUAUUCAGAGACUCUGAAGCUGUGAGCUCUUCAAACGAUACCAUAGCGGCUCCCCGAGAGCCUGUCCAGGAGACCUCUAAAAAAGAGAGCUGGAGGACAGUGGCAACAAAAGGUUUGGUGUCCAUGCUCAGUGCCUCUCCAGGCCCACCAGCUGCACCUGCUGGUGGUAGGAUUCAACCUGAUCUUGUGAGCCCAGAUGGAAAGGCCCAACACCCUCCUGAUCUCACGGAAGAUGCUCGGUUUGGUACUGACCUGAGCAAGCUUGACCUGAGUGAGGAUGGUCAGCUGCAGGAUGAAACCAAGCUGGAAAAGAGCCUUCAGGAUGGUAGCACUGAGGGCAGAGAAACUGAAGAUGACGUGUUGGUGGAGACAGCUCCAGCUGGGCAAGACACUGGGUGUAAAGCUGAGCCAUCUGCCUUGGGGCUGUCCAAGGGAGAUGUAGAGCCAGUAACUGCCCUGGCCACCAUAGUCCCAAGUCACUCAACUGGUUUUCCUUUCUCAGGGAGGCCCAGCAGCAGCACAAGUGUCUCUGACAAAUCAUCCAGUCUGGGUCAGGUCAGUGACAGCCUGUCAGAAGAAGUGGCUGCUGCUACACAUCACACACAGGCACCAGUGCUGGAAGAGCCACCACUAGACACCAGUACAAAACCUUCUCUCUACCCCUCUCCUGGUGUGACUGCUGGUGAUACAGUGUCUCCGGGGGAAAGGACUGAAGAGCUUUUAGACCUAGUUUCUGCCCUGACAUCUCUGGAGAAUGGCACAGCACUGCAGUCCCAGCACCAUCCCGGAGAUGUGCUGUUCGAAGUAACUAUGGAAGUCAAACCCAAGGACUGGAUUCCUCAUGGUGGAAGUGAGCUCCGAAAGGGUCUUCUUGAAUCUAUGAAGAACCAUAUACAGAAGAACCUGAAACUUCCUGCCAACAGAGUCAAUGAAAUAAAGUUAAAUGAUGUCAAAAGCACAAGGGAUGCCAACCUCCUGCUCACCUUCUGGCUGCACCUGAAGCCGGAGGAGAGGAAUGUGUCUCUGCUCCUGCACUCCCAGCUGAAGGAGCUGCUUGGCACCUCAGUCGGAGCAGAGAAGCUGCAGCUUGUUUCGCUGUUUGUUGAAGAUGUGAACGAGUGCAAUGCCGGGGUUGGCCUCUGCGGGGAGGAGGCAGAGUGCUUCAAUGGCGUGGGCACCUACCUCUGCCGCUGCAAACAGGGCUAUGAGGAUCAUUCUCCCACCAAGUCCGGCACCCUCUGCAUCCGCACUCCCCGAUCAGGGAUCAGCUUCUUCCUCCAUCACACUGACAUCCUGGUGGGAGCAGCCAUCGUGUCUGUCCUGAUGAUGCUGGUGGCUGCUGGUAUCCUCUGUGUGACAGCCACGUGGAGACGGCACCCCAGGAGGAGCCCAGGCCUUGAGGAGCCAUCAGUGAGGGCCGUGGAGGAGCCAGAGAUGGAGUUGCAUGACCUGGGGGAGUGCCUGCGCCUGGACCCCUUCCAGCUGAAGCUGCGGGCCAGGCCCCCUGAGUGGCUGUGGAGUGCCCGUGCCCACCAUGGAGAGGUGUGCCAAGUCUUUCUGGAGCAGUCUUCUCCACUCUGA